AUGGAGACAGGCCCGGCGCCCUUGGUGGCCCCCCCGCGCCGCCAUGGCGCCUCAGUGGCCCCCUCCCCACCACCUCGGGGCUCCCGGGCUGGGCCUGUGCUGGUGGUGGCCCCGGGGCCCCCGGUGACCACGGCCACCUCCUCUCCGGUCACUCUGGUGGCCCCCGGGGAGGCCCGCCCAGCCUGGGUGCCCAGCGGCCCCAGGCCUCCGCCUGGCAUCCCCGGGAGCCGUCAGCCACCUCCUCCAGUCCCUGCAGGGUCACCGGGGCCGGCCGGGGGCAGCACGGUGGUGGUGCUGACUCUGGAAGCUGUAGCUGCAGCCUCGGCCUCCAGCCAGGAUCCUGACCCCAACCCCACCGGGCAGGUGAGGACAGACAGCCCCGGCACCACAGGAAUCCCAAGGACAGAGCCUGGGCCCGGGUCAGCCUCGGAACCUCAUGGCAGGCCAGUGGCACCAGGAAGAAAAGCGUUGCCCAUCAGUGCUGUGACUCCCGAGAUGAGGACAGACUCGUCGGUAGCAGCAACAGCAACCUCAGCACCCUUGGACACAGCCCCCGUAGGUGACUCCCUGGUCACCGGCUCAGUGGGACUGACUACAUCAGAAGUGGUGGCAGCACCCAGGCUGGAGCUGGCAACUGGAUUAGCCAACUUGGCCCUCUCAGGAGCACCUGUGUCUGUGACAGAAGACAGCACGAGUCUCGUGCCCCUUGUAACAACUUCUGGUGCGAUGACAGCCAAACCUCCUGUUGCACCCAAACUGGGAAUGGUGGUAGCUUCAGGAACAACUGGACCAGCUACCGCUGUAACAGCAGGGCUGACAACAGAUGGACUAGCUGCUACAGGGACAGUGGCAACAGGUGAAACAGUUGUGGCAGUGGCAGUGGCAGGCCCAGCCAUUGCAAUGCCAGCGGGGACAGAAACAGAGUCUCCUGCAGCUUGUGAGACUCCAGUAGCCACGGUAACUGUGACCCCAGCCCCUGAGCCAACUGAAGGUUCCCAGGACCUGGGCUCCAUGUCUAGCUUAGGUCCUGGAAUUCAAGGACCUCGUGGACAGGCCCCAGACAGCCUGAGCUACCUGGACUCUGUGAGCCUCAUGUCAGGUACCUUAGAGUCCUUGGCAGAUGAUGUGAGCUCCAUGGGCUCAGACUCAGAAAUCAACGGGCUUGCCCUUCGCAAGACAGACAAGUAUGGAUUCCUGGGGGGCAGCCAGUACUCUGGAAGCCUGGAAAGCUCUGUCCCUGUUGAUGUGGCCCGUCAGCGGGAGCUAAAGUGGCUGGACAUGUUCAGUAAUUGGGAUAAGUGGUUGUCUCGUCGAUUUCAGAAGGUGAAGCUGCGAUGCCGGAAGGGCAUCCCCUCAUCCCUUAGAGCCAAAGCCUGGCAGUUCCUCUCCAACAGCAAGGAACUCCUAGAUCAGAACCCUGGUAAAUUUGAGGAGCUGGAGCGGGCCCCUGGAGACCCUAAGUGGCUGGAUGUGAUUGAGAAGGACUUGCAUCGACAAUUCCCCUUUCAUGAGAUGUUUGCUGCCCGAGGGGGUCAUGGGCAACAAGAUCUAUAUCGAAUCUUGAAGGCCUACACCAUCUAUCGGCCUGACGAGGGUUACUGCCAAGCCCAGGCUCCUGUGGCAGCUGUGCUGCUCAUGCAUAUGCCUGCUGAGCAAGCCUUCUGGUGCUUGGUACAGAUAUGUGACAAAUACCUUCCUGGCUACUACAGUGCUGGUCUGGAGGCCAUCCAGUUGGAUGGGGAGAUCUUCUUUGCCCUCCUUCGGCGGGCUUCCCCUCUAGCUCACCGACAUCUUCGGCGUCAGCGCAUUGACCCUGUACUCUACAUGACUGAGUGGUUCAUGUGCAUCUUUGCUCGAACUCUGCCUUGGGCCUCAGUUCUCCGGGUCUGGGAUAUGUUCUUCUGUGAAGGAGUCAAGAUCAUCUUCAGGGUGGCUCUGGUGCUUCUGCGGCAUACGCUAGGCUCUGUAGAAAAGCUUCGGUCCUGCCAGGGAAUGUACGAGACCAUGGAGCAGCUGAGGAACUUACCUCAACAGUGCAUGCAGGAGGAGUUCCUUGUGCAUGAGGUGACAAACCUCCCUGUGACAGAGGCCCUGAUAGAGCGUGAAAAUGCAGCCCAGCUAAAGAAGUGGAGAGAGACCCGGGGGGAGCUGCAGUACCGACCAUCCAGGAGGCUCCAUGGCUCGAGGGCUAUCCACGAGGAGCGAAGGCGACAGCAGCCCCCCCUGGGUCCAUCAUCCAGCCUCCUCAGCCUUCCAAGCCUCAAGAGUCGUGCCUCCAGGAGUGGAGCUUCUUCCUCCCCACCACCUCCUGUUCGAAGAGCCAGCGCUGGCCCUGCUCCAGGCCCUGUGGUCACUGCUGAAGGGCUGCAUCCUUCCCUGCCCUCACCAACUGGAAACAGCACACCUCUGGGACAGGUAAAGGAGACCAAGCGACAAGAGAAGGAGCGGCAGAAGCAGGAGAAGGAGCUUCAGAAGCAGGAGAAGGAGAGGCAGAAGCAGGAGAAGGAGCUUCAGAAGCAGGAGAAGGAAAGGCAGAAGCAGGAGAAGGAGAGACAGAAACAGGAAAAGGAACGGGAAAAGGAGAGGCAGAAACAAGAAAAGAAGGCCCAGGGACGGAAGGUGUCACUUCGACGGAAGGCUGACGGUUCUCCACCCCCACAAGAUGGAGGGGAUGGGAACUCCGCAGCUGCGGCACGACAGGAUGCUUACUUCUAACCUUCUGUCCCUUCCAUGCUGGUAAGGGCACUGGCUUCCCUUCACCAUGAUGAACUUCAUUGUCUGCCCUCUGCACUCCCGUGACCUCCCAGACCCAGGGAGCCAGCCAUAGGUCUCCUUUCAUUAUACUUGGUUAGUGAUGUUCUCUCCAUCUUGGUGUAAGCAGCCAUAUCUCAACAGGAGCAGAAGGAGUUCGUGCGGAUUCUGCAGGACCCUCGGCGGGCCCCGUUCCACCAUCUGGAGCUGGCCCGAUUGCCUCAGCUGUUGCUGGACCCUGUCCCCAAGUCAGCCCUGUCUAGUGGGCUUGAAACCCCAAAUUAAGCAUUUCAUGGGACAAUGUGGAGUGAGCCCUGAGCCCUGCCCCACCCUUUCCUAUUCUGCUCAACCAGUGUUCUUCCUUUCCUGACUCCAUUAAGUUUCUCCUUUUCCCCCUCUCGCUGAUCUAACCUCUUCACACCUUCUUCCAGCAUGAGAGGACCUUUGAAGAUGGGCCUUGGCUGUUCCUAAAUUUUCACUCUUUGUGGUUCAGCUUCCCAAUUCCACAAGAACUGGGUGAACCUCUCCUCUUCCUUCAAGCCUUAACCAUCUCCCUACAUCUCCCCUCUGUGCCAGACUGGGAGGUGGAGGGGCCUCUCUCUAUAUUAUAUAUAUAUAUAUAUAUAGGCAUAUAUAUAUAUAAUAUAUAUAUAUCUGAUAUCUCUGCAUUGUAAUUAUGUACAGAGGACCUGGGGGGGGCGGUUCAGUCUCUAUUUCUCCUCUUGCUCUGUUCACUGGUUUAUUUAAGGGGAGUUGACCUGCAGCAGGAAGGGUCCCUCAGCCAGACUGCUUGCCUUUCAGUCCUGUUUCUAGCUGCUUUUCUUCAUACGCUCUUUCUGCCACAUCUUGCAGUCUCACACACCCAUCUCAUCCUUCUUGGGCCCUUUCUAAUUUUGUCCAUGAUCUCUUUCCCAUUCUCUCCUGCCUUUUUUUGUUCCUUGAAUCUCUUGCUCCACUUUGAGUUGGGUGUCCUCUCUGUUCUCUAAGGGGGUGGGGGGGCUCUCAUGUUUACAUUCUCUUUCUGCCCCCUCACUUCCCCUACUGCAUUGCCCCCUACCACCCCCUUCCACCCCCAACUGUACAGAGCUUUGUGGAACCAGGAAAGAACAAAUCUACUGACCUGCCCUA